AUGCAGACCUUUAAGAAGUAUCCAGAUUGGAGGCAUGUACUUGGUCCAAACAAUCCACUGAUGAGAACUAAAUCUGCUCAUCACUUUGCACGUAAGCCCAUUCAUGCAGAUGGAAGCAAGUGGAGAAAUGUGAAGAAAUUCGUUCGAGAAUUCUGCACCGAAAGCACCAUCCAUGGAUUACGUAACAUUGAAGCUGGAAAAACGCUUUUGGAGCGUCUUUGGUGGUUGACCGUGGUCGUUCUGUCCGUGGUGGCCUGUGGAAUGCUCAUCCAGAAGGUGUACCACAAGUGGGCGAACAAUCCGGUCAUCGUGAGUUAUGACGAUACAGCGACCAAGGUGUGGACCAUUCCGUUUCCGGCAAUCACCGUAUGUCCGGAAGCGAAGUUCAAGGUAGAUGUGAUGAACUUUACAGAGGCCUUUUAUCAGCACUUUCAUAGUAGUAGAACAUUGGAUAAAAAGAGUCAUGAUCGACUCAUGGCGAUGUUGCAAAUAUGUGACGAUUUUUUUCAUAUAGUUUUACCGUAUCAAGAGAGAUAUCCAAACAGCUCAUUGGAUGUGGUAGCUUUGCUAAACAAAAUAUCAGUUGAUAAGUCGUCAACUAUCAUUGUUUGCCGUAAAGGCACAGACAUGUGUAGAAAUCAAUUUUUCCAUACCCUUACUGAGGAUGGCGUUUGUUUCACGUACAAUGGAUUCUCUGCCCAGGAUAUGUUCAACGAAGGUGUUCUUCACAAUGAGUACGAAUAUCUAACUGAAACCAACAGCGCAACCAACUGGACUCUGGAGAAUGGUUAUGCUCCAGGAACACCGUUCACGACACAUCCUUUGCGAGCCUCAGGCUACGCUUCACGAUUAAGGUUGAAUUUAGCAAGUUUUAAAAGCAACGUAGAGGCUCACUGUGCCGAGGAGCAAGGCUUUAAAGUGGUUCUGCACUCUCCGGAUGAGUACCCGAUUCCAUUUGCAAAGUACGUGCUGCUGUCCCUGGAUCGAGACAUCAAUAUUGCAAUCCGACCGCAAAUUUUGACGACCUCCAAGGAAUUGGCCAGCUAUUCUCCAGCUCGUCGCCAGUGCUACUUCAGCCAUGAACGCACCCUGAAGUUCUUUCGCGUGUACAAUCAGAACAACUGCGAGCUGGAAUGUCUCACGAAUUACACACUGGCCAAGUGUGGUUGUGUCAAGUUUUCGAUGCCAAGAUCGGCGGGAACUCGAAUCUGCAGUACCGCUGAACAGAGAUGCAUCAUCGAAGCUCGCUAUGGUAUGCUCAAAGCGUUAUCCCAGAAUCGGUUGAACAAUGAUGGCCUGAUAUCUGAAUGUGACUGCAUGUCAGCCUGCAGCUCGAUCCAGUAUCUCACUGAAAUCACUCAAUCGACGUAUGAUAGCAUACAAACAGUGUCCUUGAGACUGAAACCGUUGUUACCGCAAUUGAUAAAGCCGAUGGAAAGCGUAACGUCGUCCAAGGUGUCUGUCUUCUUCAAGGGGGCUGAGUUUCUGUCCACGCGCCGCAACGAGUUGUUCGGACUGACGGAUUUCGUAGCCAACUGUGGCGGAAUACUCGGACUCUGCCUGGGGAUCAGCUUCGUCAGUCUGGUUGAGCUGCUGUACUACUGCAUCGUUCGUCCAGUACAGAUGGCGAGAAAGUCAACUGGUCGUAAUUGGCAGGUCGUCAUGGUUAGGGAGAAGUCUGGAGAUCAAUCGUUUGUUUGGCGUGAUGAAAACCAAUAG